CUCAUUCCAAACGAAGGAACACGCUCCGAACCGCCCCUCAAUCCGUUGGGGUUUUAUUUUGAGAGGCCCUUCGUUCUUCUCUCUACGGUUAUCUUCUUCGAACAAUUCGUCCGGCGAUUGUAAACUUCUCCUUUCUUCAGAAUGCCGCAGGGAGAUUACAUUGAGCUUCACAGGAAGCGACAUGGCUACCGCCAUGACCACUUCGAGCGAAAACGCAAGAAGGAGGCUCGUGAAGUUCACAAGCGAUCUACCAUGGCCCAGAAGUCUCUGGGUAUUAAGGGCAAGAUGUUCGCGAAGAAACGAUAUGCGGAGAAGGCUCUGAUGAAGAAAACAUUGGCUAUGCAUGAGGAGUCUUCAAGUAGACGCAAGGUUGAUGAUGAUGUUCACGAAGGCGCUCUUCCUGCCUAUCUAUUGGAUCGUGAAAACACAGCUCGGGCCAAAGUUCUUAGCAAUACCAUUAAGCAAAAGAGGAAAGAAAAAGCUGGAAAAUGGGAAGUCCCCCUGCCCAAGGUCAGGCCUGUUGCUGAGGAUGAAAUGUUUAAAGUGAUCAGAACUGGUAAAAGGAAAACAAAGCAAUGGAAGAGGAUGGUCACAAAAGCUACAUUUGUUGGGGCAGGUUUUACAAGAAAACCUCCCAAGUACGAGCGGUUCAUCCGCCCAACAGGACUUCGUUUUACAAAAGCACAUGUAACACACCCUGAACUUAAAUGCACUUUCAAUCUCGAAAUUAUCGGAGUGAAGAAAAAUCCAAAUGGUCCUAUGUAUACUUCUCUUGGUGUCAUGACCAAGGGAGCCAUUAUUGAGGUGAAUGUCAGUGAACUGGGUUUGGUCACACCUGCUGGAAAAGUUGUAUGGGGGAAAUAUGCUCAGGUGACCAAUAAUCCGGAGAAUGAUGGCUGUAUAAAUGCUGUUCUGCUUGUCUAAACGAACUGAUGAUGGGCUUGAAUGACUGGAAGCAGAGGUAGCAUUCUUUUUGAAGCGAUAGCAAGACCUUUUUUUUUCCCGCCUUUUUGGUAUUAGUUCUCUUCGUUGACAUGUAAUCACAAAUGUAUUCUUAAUAUAAAAUGUUCAUGCGGAUUUUGCCCUGGAAAUAGAACUGGUUAUAUUAGAUAUCUAUGGUUAUACUCAUGUUAUAUUA